AUGUUUCUUCGCUCUUUUCUCGCAAUCGGCCUGGCGCCAUUGCUCACAAACGCGUACUUGAGCGGCUCCGUCGGCCCAACAACAUCCGUCGCAACCAAGUCCGCCACUAAGACCUGCAAUGUCCUCGACUACGGCGCCGUUGCAGACAAGACACACGAUAUCGGACCGGCUCUUAGCUCCGCCUGGGUUGCGUGCCGGGACGGUGGUGUAGUAUAUGUCCCUCCUGGAGACUACGGCUUCUCGACGUGGGUCACGCUUUCCAGUGGUCAGAACAGUGCCAUCCAGCUGGACGGUAUCAUCUAUCGGACCGGUACCGAUGAAGGAAACAUGAUCAUGAUCAAGCACAGCACCGACUUUGAGUUGUUCAGUUCGACCUCCAAGGGUGCUAUCCAGGGCUUGGGAUAUGAGUUCCACACGUCCGGAUCGGCUGGUGGCCCUCGCAUCUUGAGAUUGUAUGAUGUGACCGACUUUUCCGUUCACGAUCUUGCUCUGGUUGAUGCUCCUGCUUUCCACUUCUCUCUUGAUACUUGUGUGAACGGUGAGGUCUACAAUAUGGCUAUUCGCGGUGGUAAUCUGGGUGGACUUGAUGGUAUUGAUGUCUGGUCUACCAAUCUGUGGAUUCAUGAUGUCGAGGUUACCAACAAGGAUGAGUGUGUGACUGUCAAGUCUCCCGCUCAGAACAUCUUGGUCGAGAACGUCUACUGCAACUGGAGUGGUGGUUGUGCCAUGGGCUCUCUCGGCACCGACGUUAACAUCACCGACAUCACCUACCGCAACAUCUACACCUGGUCCUCUAACCAGAUGUACAUGAUCAAGAGCAACGGAGGCAGCGGCAACGUCGACAACCUCCUUCUUGAGAACUUCAUCGGUCACGGCAACGCUUACUCCCUCGAUAUUGACGGAGCCUGGAGCAGCAUGAGCACAGUCGCCGGCGACGGUGUUCAACUGACCAACGUGACCGUCAGGAAUUGGAAGGGAACCGAGUCCAACGGCGCCGAGCGCGGCCCCGUCAAGGUCAAGUGUGCCGCCAAAGCGCCCUGCAAGGACGUGACCAUCGAGGACUUUGCCAUGUGGACCGAGACCGGCUCGUACCAGGCCAAUACCUGUGAGAGCGCCUACGGCUCCGGUAGCUGCAUCAAGGACAGCGAGGACUACGUCUCGUAUACCACCACGGUCACCGAGAGCUCUGCUCCCACUGGCUACUCCGCUGCUACCAUGGCCUCGGAUCUCACUGAGGCUUUUGGUACUGCUUCCUCUAUUCCCAUUCCUACUAUCCCUACCUCGUUCUACCCUGGCGCUACUCCCUAUAGUGCUCUUGCUGGUGCCGACUCUGUCGCUACUAAUGUCAAGGUUCCCGCUGCUGCUUCCUCGGUUGCCGUUGCUUCUAGCUCUGUCUCGUCUACCGUUGUUGCAACUCCAUCCAGCACUAAUGUUGGUGUCGAGGCUAUAAGUGCUUCUUCUUCUAUUGCUGUUGUUUCUAGCACUGCCUCGUCUACUUCUGCUGCUGCUAUCGAGACUUCGCUUGGUGGCGUCGAGGUUAUCGGUACUGCUUCCUCUGUUGCUCUUGCUUCUAGCACUGUCUUUUCUACCUUUGCUGCUGCUACCGAGACCUCUCUUGGUGGUGUCGAGGCUAUGGGUACUGCCUCUUCUAUUGCUGUUCUGUCUAGCCCUGUCUCGUCUGUUCCUGCUGUGGCUUCAUCCAGCUUCGAGGCUAUCGACACUGCUUCCUCCAUUGCCGUUCUUUCCAGCCCUGUCUCGUCUGCCUCUGCUACUGCUACCGAGACUUCUCUUGCUGAUGUCGAGACUGUCGGUACUGCCUCCUCUACUCCCAUUGCUACCACACCUGCCCCUAUUGCCAUUCCUACUGCUCCUGAGUCGGCCUACUCUGCCCCUACUACUCUUGUCAAGGUCAAGGGUACUUGUCCUUUGGUUCACAAAGAGAACGGUGGUCAUGGUCAUGGUCAUGGCCCACGGGUGUAA